GGGAGUCCGGGCCGGCGAGCUCUGCCUUUUCGCCUCUCUCCCCUCGGCCAGGCCUGCCAGGGGCGCCCAGCGGGACCAUGUCGAGCCAGGAAGAAGAGGAGGAAGAGCAGCAGCGGGCCAAGGAGAUCCUGAGGGGCUUCAAACUAAACUGGAUGAAUCUCCGAGAUGCAGAAACUGGGAAAAUCCUCUGGCAAGGAACGGAAGAUCUCUCCGUCCCCGGAGUAGAGCAUGAAGCUCGAGUUCCUAAGAAGAUUCUGAAAUGCAAAGCUGUGUCUCGGGAGCUAAAUUUUUCCUCCACAGAGCAGAUGGAAAAAUUCCGCCUGGAACAGAAAGUUUAUUUCAAGGGACAAUGUCUAGAAGAAUGGUUCUUUGAGUUUGGCUUUGUCAUCCCAAACUCCACCAACACCUGGCAGUCUUUGAUAGAAGCAGCUCCAGAGUCGCAAAUGAUGCCCGCUAAUGUUCUCACCGGGAACGUGAUCAUAGAAACCAAGUUUUACGACGACAACCUCCUUGUCAGCACUUCCAAAGUAAGACUGUUCUACGUUUGAGAGGAGGCCGGGGCAGGGCUCGGGCCUGGCUUUAGUUCCUCCCUUCACCCGAUUUUCCCCCCCUUCCCCUCCUCCGGGGGGUGGCCGAAUCCCCAAUCCCUCCCCACAAGGCAUCCAGUGACGGAAGACGUUGCAUCAGGAGGUCUGGAGCAUGGCGAGACUCGAGCCCUUGGCCCGUCCUUCUCUUGCCCUCCUGCCCGGGACAAGGCCACGCUCGCAACACCUGGUAGCCAUCUUCUCGGAUGUUGGAAA